AAAACUUUCACCGCCUAUCACGCGGCUCUCUCCGUAAGACGCGUCUAGAGAGGAGGAACACAUUUUAAUUUCACUGGCUCGGUAUAUCCAGUAUAUCGAUGACCUUCGCGGCUUGUAUUAUCCGCCGAAACCUACGUUAGGAAGUUAGUUUCGGAUUUUUUCGGAAAUUUACACACAAUCGGGUACCUAUAUGUUUACAUGAAUAACUUCAGUGCUAGUCGAGAUGCCGUCGUGUAUAUGAAAAUAGUUAUAACACAGCGAAUAAUCACACGUGAGCGAAGAUGUAAUAGUGAAAACCAAAGGAAAUAAACCAAGUGUAAAUAUACAAUAAGACUGCCAUUGUCAUGGCGAAUGAGUCCAGCAUGUUGGUGCGAGUUUCAAUUGUUUUAGGCAUGGUUGCGAUGGUGGUGACCAUUUUGUACCUAACGCCUUUACCAGAUCAAAGUUUCAAGAACUGUGAUAGACUCUGCCAUGACUUGGAAUGGCCAAUGAUAUGUAGAGUAAAACUGCAAAUCGAAGCAUUCGAAACUAGCGCCUUGUGUAAAGAUUGUGAUGAUGCACCACAUUGUGCCUUGUGUAACAGUAUGGGACAAAUUAAUGCAAUCAAUAGAAAAAUACCUGGACCAAAUAUUAAAGUAUGUCAUAACGACAUUGUGAUAGUUGACGUAACCAACAAAAUCCCUGGAAGGAAUCUAGCUAUUCAUUGGAGAGGGCAGCCUAACCAAGAAACACCCUUCAUGGAUGGAGUUCCAAUGGUAACUCAGUGCCCUAUAUCUGGGUAUACCACCUUUCAAUACAAAUUCAGAGCUUCGACACCUGGAACCCACAUGUACCACGCUUUCUCCAACGAAGACAGAGCCCAUGGUCUUUUUGGGUCACUUGUGGUCAAACAGGCCGACAAAUUGGACCCACACAAGAAGUACUACGAUUUGGAUUACGAUAACCAUACUAUUCUACUGUCAGAAUGGUCCAACGGAUCUCUGGUGCUUAUCAAUGGAAGAUCGAGUCUAAAUGCUACUACGUUCCAUGUGAAGAAAGGCAAGAGGCAUAAGUUCAGAUUGAUUUAUGCUAGUGGCCUGAUGAACUGUCCGAUCAAAGUAUCGAUAGCUGAACACGUAAUGUUAGUAGUUGCGCUGGAUGGAAAUGACAUACACAGCCACGAGGCACAUGCAGUAGUUUUGGGCAAAGGAGAACGAGUGGACUUCGUGUUGAAAUCCGAAAGGCAUGGAGGCUCAUAUAUUCUAGAAGCGGCGAUGGACUGUAAAGAUAAGAGCACAGAGGAAAGCGGGAAGGGCUCUGCGAUAAUAAUCUACGAAGGUCAUCCGUCUCCUGUGGGUAUCUCGGACGUGAUUCCUGAUAAUAAGGCUGCCCCACGCCGAACCACAACUUUCGAUACUUCGUUAUGCGAGGCUGAUGACGACGAAGGGAAAGUUUGCCUGAGAUCCGUCGAAAGUUCCUCUAACAUUCAAGUCGGAUUGGAAGAAGCCGAAGUUGCCAAGAAGAUCUAUCUCGGCUUUGAUUACGGACACCAGCUGGUGGUUAUUGAUAGUAGCGGUGGUCGUACAUCGAUCUCGAACAAAUACUACAGAAUGAACAACAUUUCUUUCACUUUCCCUCCGUCUCCUCUGCUAGUUCAACCAGAUGAGGCUUCAAAUAUGGCGGUUUGCAAUGAGGAACAGAAGAGGUGCGAUGGAAAAGAAAUGUGCAGCUGUGUUCAUGUGGAGCAAAUACCGCUGGGUAGCAGUGUGGAAGUAGUACUCUAUGAUCAAGGUGUAGACCAGGAGGAAACCGUAUUCCAUCUGCACGGAUAUCAUUUCUACGUGGUUGGGAGCAGAACUUUUCCAGCGCCCUUAACAGCACAACAGAUACAACAGCUCGACCUAAAAAAUGAGCUCGUUAGUAGAAAUCUACUGAAUCCUGUCAUUAAGGAUACAAUAAGGGUGCCAAGGAACGGAGUGGUAGUCCUCAGAUUUUUGGCGCAGAAUGCAGGGUAUUGGAUGAUGAGGGACGAAUACUCCGAGACCUGGACCAGAGGUAUGGACAUCCUUUUCCAAGUUGGGGAUCCUGGUGACAUUGCAGCCACUCCUUCAAAUUUUCCUGUUUGUGGAAACUUUAUAGGGCCGGAUUUCUUUUUGUUAUAAUAAUUUUUGUUGUGUUUAAUAAAGUUAUUUUGUUAUAAUUUUCAGUAUUAUAUCUAAGAAGUUGUACAUUGUUCUAAUACUUCAGGUCACUGUAUGAUGUGAGUAAAGAAAUAGUCGUUGUCAAAUGAAUUACGAAGGGUGUACGAUAUUCAGGCUCGAUUUCACUAACCUUUGGAGCUUAGACCAAUGGGAAAAUACCUUGUCGAAAUGCAAUUUGACGGAAGCUGUCAAAGCUAUCUGAAUAUCAGUGAUUUCUAUUGAAUUAUUGAAUAAAAUCGUAAAAAAGCGAUUGUAUUAUAAGCAAGAGCACUUUCUGAUUCCAACAUGAUGCCUUUGUACAGAGAAAACAGGACAACUUUCAUGUAUUCUGAUUUUUCUUAUGAAUGUAUAUAUAAUACAUCGGUUACCCUUUAGCCAAUGCAAGAAAUAAUAGGUCGAUCUUCUAGCUGUUAAAUUUAGUAGCUGGUUUGGACGUUUGUUAAUGCAUGGCAAUCUCGAAUU